UUUUAGGAGGAUAGGAGGGGCAUUUCUCCCUCCCAAGAAGAGGCCUGGCCAGUAGUUGGGCUUCCAACGUUGUGCGCUUGCGCAACGCGUUCCGUUGGCGCCCGGAAUGCGCAGGCGCUCCGGCGCCGGCCUUUGCGGGUGGGCGGGGCCUGCACUGGCGUCUCUUCUUCCAACUGCAGCCUGUGGCAGCGCCAUUUUGAACGUGCGGCUGCCGCGGGCGAGAAUCGCGGGAGGCAGGGCUGCUGGCGCGCCUAUCUUGCCGUCUCCGACUCUUCUCCGUUUCCAAAGAUACACGUAGAGACGUGUACGUGUAUACAGGCCGGCCCGUAUCCGGUGUCCGAGGCGAACUCCCUAAGAUGAUGUUAAGAGGGAACCUGAAGCAAGUGCGCAUUGAGAAAAACCCGGCCCGCCUUCGCGCCCUCGAGUCGGCGGCGGGCGAGAGCGAGCCGGCGGCGGCGGCGGCCAUGGCGCUCGCGCUGGCGGGGGACCCGGCGCAGCCCGCGCCCGCGGAGGACCACCCGGACGAGGAGAUGGGCUUCACCAUCGACAUCAAGAGCUUCCUCAAGCCGGGCGAGAAGACGUACACGCAGCGCUGCCGCCUCUUCGUGGGGAACCUGCCCACCGACAUCACCGAGGAGGACUUCAAGAGGCUCUUCGAGCGCUACGGCGAGCCCAGCGAGGUCUUCAUCAACCGCGACCGCGGCUUCGGCUUCAUCCGCCUGGAAUCCAGAACCCUGGCUGAAAUUGCAAAAGCAGAGCUGGAUGGCACCAUUUUGAAGAGCAGACCUCUCCGAAUUCGUUUUGCUACACAUGGAGCAGCUCUAACUGUAAAGAACCUUUCUCCGGUUGUUUCCAAUGAGCUUCUAGAGCAAGCAUUUUCCCAGUUUGGCCCAGUAGAGAAAGCUGUUGUGGUUGUGGAUGAUCGUGGUAGAGCUACAGGAAAAGGUUUUGUAGAAUUUGCAGCAAAACCUCCUGCUCGAAAGGCUCUUGAAAGAUGUGGUGAUGGGGCAUUCCUGCUAACAACGACCCCUCGUCCAGUCAUUGUGGAGCCCAUGGAGCAGUUUGAUGAUGAAGAUGGCUUGCCAGAGAAGCUGAUGCAGAAAACGCAACAGUAUCAUAAGGAAAGAGAACAGCCACCACGUUUUGCUCAACCUGGGACAUUUGAAUUUGAGUAUGCAUCUCGAUGGAAGGCUCUUGAUGAGAUGGAAAAGCAGCAGCGUGAGCAAGUUGAUAGAAACAUCAGAGAAGCCAAAGAGAAACUGGAGGCAGAAAUGGAAGCUGCUAGGCAUGAACACCAAUUAAUGCUAAUGAGGCAAGAUCUAAUGAGACGUCAAGAAGAACUCAGGCGCUUGGAAGAACUCAGAAACCAAGAACUGCAAAAACGGAAGCAAAUACAACUGAGGCAUGAAGAAGAACAUCGUCGCCGUGAGGAAGAAAUGAUCCGACAUAGAGAACAGGAGGAACUGAGGCGUCAGCAAGAGGGCUUUAAACCAAACUACAUGGAAAAUAAGUAUGUAGCAGUGGAUUUCUAGAAAGUAACAGCAUCCUGAAGACAUGCAUAGGAAGCUGAAAACUUAUUUUGCUCCUUCUAAAAUACUUACAAAGUGAUCAUCAUCAAAUUAUUCUCUUUUUCAUAAACUUGAGUAAAGCUAUGUAAAAUAGUAUUCAUUAAUCUUCUUUAAGAUACUGUCAAUAUUACUAAGUACAAGUGUAUAUAGUGAAAAAUGUAAUAAACAACAUGAAUUGGUAUUUUAUAUGGUAAUAUGUUAUAUUAACAUGGAAUAUUCUAAGGCAUUCUGAUUAUUUCAUUUACAGAAAGAUUGUAGCAUCAGAAGGGGAAUGUUACUGACAGUUAAAAUCAUAGAUCUCUCCAGCAUGUUAAAAAGUUUCCCAUGAAAUUCUCUUAAUAAUGAAAAUGAAUUUAAUAAUAACAAAGUACUUUGUGAAUAAUUGUAUGUUAAAUAGUUAUUUCUGAGAAUAGAGCUGAAAGAGACAUUAAAAAGGAUUGUUUAUGCUCCUUUACCCUUCCUAGAGUGCUAGAGGUAGUUAGGGAUAUUUGAAAAUUGAAGUCUCAGAAUAUAAUAAUUAACUUCUUUUAGUAGUUAGACAUUGCAUUUCUAACCUUUCUUACUUAAGGCAAAUCCAAAGAUAAAAAUAUAAAUUAAAUCCAUGUCCCCUCCCCCCGAAAAGUCAUGAUUUAUGUCAUGUUUUUACUCUGUGAUGCUGGAAUAUAACCAGGAUCUCAGUAACAAAUAUCUGCUGUUAUUUAUAUAUAGUAUAAAUAUUAUAUGCAUAUAGUAGAUUAUAUAGAAGAUUUUGGGUGUGUUGAAAACCAGUGUUCCCUUAAUCAGUAGGUUCUAAGUAGUGAUGAGCUGGCAGCUUGGUUUACUUUAUUGAGAAGUAUUGAUAAGUGUUAAUUUAAAAUAGUUUUUUCAUAUAAUGCUUGAAUCAGUAGCCAAUGUUAUCUUAUAGUCUGUAUUUUUUUCCUGGUCAUUAAUAGUAUCCGUUAAUAGUCAAAAGUUUUUUGAGAAGAGAUGUAUUUUUAGAAAAGUUAAAAAACAGCUUUUAGAAAGAUUUGGUAUUUAAGUUUUCUAAAUAAUGUGACAAAGCAUUUUUCCUCCAUGGUGCUAUUUUUGUUGUACCAUAACUUCAUUUAUUGUACCGUAACUUCAUUAAAGAUUAUCUUUGGAUAUCUCCAUUUAGGUUAGGUAGGCAGGUUUUUUAUUAUUUUUUUAAAGGAGCUAUUUGCUGCUUAAUAACAUUUAUGUUUCCAUCAUAGGCUUUUAUUUCCAGCUAUUAUGAGUGCUUUCACCAGUAUUUUAUAUUAUUAAAUACAAUUUUAAAUGAACAUUUAGAUUUUAGUAAGAUUACUUUUCAGAAGUACAAUUACCCUUUCUUUAAACAUUGCUGCUUUUGUCUCAUAAUAGAAUGUUUUUCAUGAUUGCUAUAUUUAACGUACUUGUCUGUCCGAGAUAAAAUUGCAAUUUUAAUGUGAUAUCUUGAGUAAUUUCAUCUAGAGAUUUCAUCAAAAUUAAUUCUAUGUAACUAUUACUGGUAAAUGAAGAGUUUUUAGGAAGCAGUUUCUGUAAUAAAAUUUCAAACAUUUUGAACAUUUAUUUGUAUGACCUGUUGUGUUGUCGUUAAUAUCAAGGGCACAUUGUUCCCAAACUUCCCAGCUGUGUAAUACUUUAAUUUAGGUUUUUACAUAAAAUUGUUGCUCAGUUAUAGGAAAGCAGUGUUAUGUCGAGCUUUCAAUAAUUGUGUGGAGUAGAGACUUUUAUAUCUAUAGGCUGGAUGAAAUAAUGCUUGACUAGUUGAAUACAUAUACAAGAAUAAAUUAUAUUUAGACCACGAAAAUUGUUACUUAAUUUUUAGUUUAGUGCUCUAAAGCUGUUUGCAUUGCGUAUUUGAAUAUAUUUCAAUAUACAUAUGAUAACAGUCAUUUCUAAUUUACGACUUCAGUGGCCUGGGAGGAAAAAAUAAUUGGCCCCAGUGGUUAUUAUUGCUAGAUUUUUUAAUGCCUGAAAUCUAGGCAUAUGUCUUUGAUCUGUUGAAAUAAAAAUAUUAAAAAUAAUCUGUGGUUAAUUUCAUGUGAUCUAAUUCACUAAUUGUGUAAUAUAAACUGGGUGCUCUAAUCAUUUGUAGUGUAUAUAUGUAUAUACACUAAUAUAUAUAUAUCUGUAUAUAUAGCCUGGGAGACUGAAGUUUCUUUUCAGUGUUCUUGUUAAGUAAAUGAUGAUGGAAAAUUUCAAAAUUUUUAAUGGAAAGUGAUGUCCCAUUUCACUCUUUUCUUUUUGAUUUUAGAUGGGAAAUGUAAAGUCAUAAGAUCGAUAGGUUGACUGUGACAACUAUGUUUAC